GUGACAGGGACCAACGUCCCAGUCUAUUGUUGGCUUGCAAAGGCGGCGGGGGGACAGGGAAGCAGCGCAAUCUUGUCUCGUACGGCUCAAGCACUCCGGCCUUAAAGACGUUGAUAGAGUCCAUACCAUGCCGCAGUACGUGGUGAAGCGAAACGGGACUCAGCAGGAGGUGAAGUUCGAUGCCAUCACUCGGCGCCUGCGGCCUCUGUGCGAGGGUUUGGACAGCGACUACAUCGAUCCGGUGCUGGUCACGCAGAAGGUGAUUGAAGGUUUCUAUAACGGCAUUGCGACUGCAGAGAUCGACACCCUGGCGGCUGAGACAUGUGCCUACAUGUCUCAGAAACAUCCGGACUUCUCCACCCUUGCGGCGCGCAUUGCAAUCUCGAACCUUCACAAGAACACCUCGGACUCCUUCUGUGAGACCUGCCGGGUCUUGUACGAGUACAAGGAUCAGCAGGGGCGACCAGCCACGCUCUUGGCCGACGACGUGUACCGCUUCGUGGUGGAGCACGGUGCGGCGCUGGAUGCGGCGGUGGACUACAAGAGGGACCUGGGCUACGACUACUUUGGCUUCAAGACCUUGGAGAAGUCCUACCUCUUGCGCGUGCACGGGAAGAUUGUGGAACGGCCUCAGCACAUGAUCAUGCGGGCCGCCUGUGGGAUCCACUGCGGCGACCUGUCCGCCACCCUGGAGACGUACGACCUGAUGUCGCGGAAGUUCUUCACGCACGCCACGCCCACGCUCUUCAACGCCGGCACCCCCAAGCCCCAGAUGUCGUCCUGCUUCCUGCUGACCAUGAAGGACGACAGCAUCGAGGGCAUCUACGACACCUUGAAGCAGUGCGCCCAGAUCUCCAAGUCCGCUGGGGGCAUCGGGGUUGCCAUCUCCAACGUCCGCGCGUCUGGGGCCUACAUCCGGGGCACCAACGGCAAAAGCAACGGCCUGGUGCCGAUGUUGCGAAAUUUCAACGAAACAGCCCGGUACGUGGACCAGGGCGGCGGCAAGAGGAAGGGCUCCUUCGCCAUGUACCUGGAGCCCUGGCACGCCGACGUCUUCGACUUUCUGGAGCUGAGGAAGAACCACGGCAAGGAGGAGCAGAGGGCCCGUGACCUCUUCCUGGGCCUCUGGAUCCCGGACCUCUUCAUGACGCGGGUCAAGGAGAACAAGGACUGGACGCUCUUCUGCCCCAACGAGGCCUUUGACCAGGAGACCGGCAAGGGUCUCAUCGACUUGUGGGGCGCAGACUUUGAGCGGCUAUACAACAGGCUGGAGGCGGAGGGCAAAGGACGCAAGACUGUGAAGGCUCAGCAGCUCUGGUUCCGAAUCCUGGAAGCGCAGAUGGAGACGGGCACGCCCUACAUGCUCUACAAGGACAGCUGCAAUCGCAAGUCCAACCAACAGAACUUGGGCACCAUCCACUGCUCCAACCUCUGCACAGAGAUCGUGGAGUACACCUCCCCGGAUGAGGUGGCGGUGUGCAAUUUGGCCUCCAUCGCUCUCAGCGCCUUCGCAGAUGCAGAGGCGAAGACCUUCGACUUCCAAGGGCUGUACAUGGUGACCAAGGUCGCCACCAAGAACCUCAACAAGGUCAUCGACCGGAACUACUACCCGGUGCCAGAGGCGCGGGUCUCCAACCUGCGGCACCGGCCCGUGGGCCUCGGGGUGCAGGGCCUGGCGGACGCCUUGCUGCUGCUGAAGCUGCCCUUCGAGAGCCUCCAGGCCAAGCGCCUCAACGAGGAGAUCUUCGAGACCAUCUACUUCGCCGCCUGCGAGGCCAGCUGCGAGUUGGCAGCGCUCUCUGGGCCCUACGAGACCUACGCCGGCAGCCCCGCUAGCAAGGGCCUGCUGCAGUUCGACCUCUGGGGCCGCGAGCCCAGCAAGCGCUGGGAUUGGCAGGCCUUGAAGCAGAAGAUCGGCGUCCACGGGCUGCGGAACUCGCUGCUGGUGGCGCCCAUGCCCACGGCCUCCACGGCGCAGAUCCUGGGGAACAACGAGUCCUUCGAGCCCUACACCCAGAAUUUGUACGUCCGCCGGGUGCUCUCCGGAGAGUUUGUGCAGGUGAACCGCCACCUCCUGAAGGACCUCAUCGCCAGGAACCUGUGGACCGACCAGCUGCGCAUGCAGCUCAUCGCGCACAACGGCUCCGUGCAGCGCUUGGACCUGCCACAGGACCUGAAGGACCUCUACAAGACCGUGUGGGAGAUCAAGCAGAAGGCGGUGCUGGAUAUGGCGGCGGACAGGGGGGCCUAUAUCGACCAGAGCCAGUCGUUGAACAUCCACAUGGUGGACGUGACCACCGCCAAGCUGUCCUCCAUGCACUUCCACGGCUGGCAGCUGGGCCUGAAGACGGGGCUCUACUACUUGCGCACCAAGGCGGCGGCGGACGCCAUCAAGUUCACCGUGGAGGUGGACCAGCUGAAGGCCUCUGAUUCCGAGGGCUCCACGCUGAGUAGCAGCACGAAGGUCACGGAGGUCUCGGAGAAGGCGACCAUCGAGGCAUUGAAGGCCGAGGGGCCGAAGUACUCCUGCGUCAACUGCAGUGCUUGAGAUGCGUCAACUGCAGUGGAGACUUGGGGCGAAAACGAGCUGGGCAUUUCUUUAGGACAUGGCCUGGUUUUGUAUAGACGUAGAACACCCGCAUGUCCCACGGGUUUCUUGUGUGACACGUCCAUGGAGCGCGUGGACUUUCUUUUCGGCCGUGGGGCGGCUUUGAAGAUGCCAGCGUGUUAUGGCGAACGCCGGUUUCACUGGGGUGAGGCAAACGUGGCUCGCUGUGCUGCACCACUGCGGGCGACGUUUGCAUCUCGGUGCUCGGAACCAACUAUGUCAAAUUCGGUCA